CAGUGUGUGCCAACGGUGCCGCGUAGUGGACAGCGGUCUGCACGGAGACGGGUUUUCGGUAAACUUCGACUUAAAUUGUCCACAAACGAAAGAUGCCGAGCUCGAGCGAAACUGUCCGGAACAUCCGGCUGUAGCUUCUCAACAUAAACAGCAAUGGCGGAGGCAGCAGCAGCGUCAACGGCGGCUUCAGCAGUAACAGGCGGUUGGACAAAACACGUAACCUGCAGAUAUUUCAUGCACGGUCUGUGCAAAGAAGGGGAGAACUGUCGAUAUUCCCAUGACCUGACCAGCAGUAAACCUGCCAGCAUGAUUUGCAAAUUCUUUCAGAAGGGAAACUGCGCGUUUGGGGACCGUUGCAGAUUUGAACACUCUAAACCAGUAAAGAACGAGGAACUGCCAGCCUCCCAGACGCUGCCGCUCGCCUCCGUCUCGCUGCCCAGUCCAGCAGAUCCUGAACCCAGUGGGCCGACGCCUGGACCAGUGGUGCCUGACUGGGUCAAUGCUGCAGAGUUUGUUCCAGGACAGCCCUACUGUGGACGUGCUGAGCCAGUGACUGUGGAGAGCACAGUCCCUCUCAUUGAGGAGUUUGACCGUGAUCCUGCUCUGGACAACGAAGAUUUGAGGAAGCAGCUCUGUCCAUACGCUGCUGUUGGAGAGUGUCGCUAUGGAAUCAACUGUGCUUAUCUCCAUGGCGAUGUAUGUGACAUGUGUGGCCUCCAGGUGCUCCACCCCACUGACAACACUCAGCGCUCAGAGCAUACCAAGGCAUGCAUUGAAGCCCAUGAGAAAGACAUGGAGAUAUCAUUUGCCAUCCAGCGUAGCAAGGACAUGAUGUGCGGCGUGUGUAUGGAGGUGGUGUUUGAGAAGGUCAACCUUAGCGAGCGCCGUUUUGGCAUCCUCUCCAACUGCAACCACUGCUACUGUCUGAAGUGCAUUCGCAAGUGGAGGAGUGCCAAGCAGUUUGAGAGCAAAAUCAUCAAGUCUUGUCCAGAGUGUCGAAUCACAUCCAAUUUUGUCAUCCCAAGCGAGUACUGGGUGGAAGAUAAGGACGACAAGCAGAAACUCAUCCAGAAAUACAAAGACGGCAUGGGAAGUAAACCAUGCCGAUACUUUGAUGAGGGUCGCGGAACGUGCCCCUUUGGCUCAAACUGCUUCUACAAGCACGCCUUUCCUGAUGGACGGCUGGAGGAAGCUCAGCCUCAGCGAAGACAGACUGGAUCCAACAGCAGGAACCGGAACUCGAGGCGAACACCGCUGUGGGACAUCCUCGACGAGCGGGAAAGCACCGACUCCUUCGACAACGAGGACGAGGAGAUGGUAACGUUCGAGCUGAGCGACAUGCUCCUCAUGCUUCUCGCCGCGGGAACCGACGACGAGGUGACGGAUUCAGAGGACGAGUGGGACUUGUUUCACGAGGAGCUGGACGAUUUCUAUGAGAUUUACCUAUAGCAGCCCCAACCACCGACGCCCUACAUCCACCCUUUGCCCCUCACCCCCCCGUAUAUACUAGACACUAGAAUGGACUGUCUUGUGCGAGUGAUGGACAGUAGCUUUCCCUCCACCCCUGUAUUGUGGCAGUGCCUUUAAGCAGGCCAUUAAUAAUGAACUUCUAAAAUAUUUAAAACACAAAAAAAAGGAAAAACCAACAAGUCAGUGCACUCGUGCUAAACAUUUUCUAGACAUUUAUUCUUGUGAGUCUUUCUCGUGUGGUCCAUGUUAAAAGGAAAUGAUAAAAGAACUCGGUAUAAAAUUUAACAAAGAUUAUAACUUUCUUCAAAUAAUAAAAAUUGUCAAGUUUAUUUGUGGGUGAGGGUUUGACUUCUUAUCUAGCCAGGUGUUUGUACAUAAUCCUGAGACUUUACAGAUGCACUCGAGCUUACUCGGCACCAUUUACUGUAAUCGUGAGGCCGUGUUGUAAGAUUUUAUAGAUGGUUUUUGAAGAUCGGAACUUUUUGUUUAUGAACGCUGACGACGGCAAAUAUAUUGUGCUGAUGGUUAAUAAAUUGACCGUAACGACCGACAUCUUCCACUGCGACAUAUUUGCUACAGUUCACGCCAUUAAAGCAUUUUAUACCUCAACAAUAAACUGUAGAAAAUCCGACGAUGAACUAAAGUGCCCUGAUGCAGGAUGGGCGUCUUUGUUACUGUCAGGCUUCACUUAUUGAACAGCUCCAAAAACUCAAAGAAAACAAAGGAGUUUGUGUUGUAUGGAACAAAUUAGGUCCACAUUGUGACUGAUGGCAGCUGAACAAAGGUUUGGGCGUCGGGCGUUCUUCGGGAAACCCUCCUCCUGAGUCUCCAUGUAACCUGUUUCUCACCUGAGACUUUGAGCUCAAAUCUCUCUGACACAUCAAUGUGAUCGCCCAAUGUGAUUCUCACUGUUACAGCAGUACUACUGAACAAAAUGCAAGCCCCAGUUAUGUGUCUAAGCCACUAGUGGACAGAGUUCGUGAGCUGCUCAGUAAGUGAAGCAUCUGCUAACCCCGUGCACGCAACGACGCAGUCUGUGGGUGUUCACCUGUAUUUGGACAUAAGGAGAAUAUUUGCCCCGUACAUGUGCAAACUGCAGUAUCAGUCAAAUAAAUGAUGUAAGCACGGACACUUUUGAAAACUACCACCCUCUAACCCCAACUCCGGGGACUUGAGGUACCACAGAGCAAGCCCUCCCCAGAACCAGCUCGAAAGUCACUGCUUGAGCUCAAACGGACUUCAGUAAGCCUUGAUGCUGAGACGCUGACCCACACACUCCUGACAGCUGGUGCUGACUUGUUGAAUGCCACUGGAAUGCAUAUGUUUAUACUGAAAUGAGUGUUUUCAAUGUUCCACAGCCAUCCAUCUUAACUUGACAUUAAAGUUUAAAAAGCUC